ACUUACGCAUCUCACAUGAAGAAGAAGUAAAUCAAGCCUUUCCAGUCUGGCCCGAAUGUGUCUCCAAAUGAACCUAAAAUGUGAGGCUACUCAGUUUCAGCACGGUGUCUGACUUAGCUGCAUGCCAUGGCGGGAUAUCCGUUCCGACUGGACCAAAAUAUCUCGACCGAAACAGACUGUCACCGUUUCAGGUGUUCGUGUUGUUAUUGGAGCUAGCAUUAGCCUUGGCUAAAUUAGCUAAGGCUGCUGUUAUUUUAUACUUCAGCAUAACUGAUUCAUCGCUGCAGGGCAGAGAGCCGCAAAAACAAGGUAACUCCGUUGCAAGUUGCACCAUUCCAUAAUAACCGGGCUAAUAUCUGGAUAUUAUUCUGUUAAUUAUCGCAGUCCUUUGUAAUUGUUUUAUACAUUAAAAAAAAAAGCAAUUAACUGCUGUGCGAGUUUUAGGGAGACACAUCUCAGGCAAAAUGUCCCGUGUAUCAACGGUUAAGGUUAGCUAACAGACUCGGAGUUGUCCCAAUACUAGCUGUUUGGAGAUGUAGCAGCAGGCAGCCAGUGAGCUGACCCUGGUUCAGCACAGCCCGUCUGUCAGAAGGCAAAAGGGAAAUCAUGUCCUGCAAAGCCGCAACCAAGGACAAGAAGUCGAGCUUCAGCAAGAAGCUGUUCAGGCGAGGCUCUGUGCGCUCCGUGGGCAGCUUUAUGAGCAAAGUCCUCCGGACUCUGACAGCCUUAUCACACUUUGGAUCUGAAGUACAAACCGACGACGACAAGGACGAUGGAGGAUUCUCCGCGUUCAAAUCUGGGAGUAAAGAUGUUCCCAUGGAGGAUGGGGACUUUGGUGGGUUCCUGUCCGGAGAUAGAGUUCCCGGAGUGUCCGGUCUGAAGAACCACGGUAAUACCUGCUUCAUGAAUGCAAUCCUGCAGUGCCUGAGUAACACGGAACUCUUCGCCGAGUACCUCGUUUUGGAGCACUACAAAGGCGAGGAGUUGGAGGAGGAUAAGCCCAAAACAAACGGCGUGCAUCUGCAGAAAAAAGGUCCUCUGGGCAAAGGAGAAGUGACCGAGCAGCUGUCCGGACUGGUGCGGGCUUUAUGGACGUUUGAGUACACACCUCAGCAUAGCAGGGACUUCAAGAAUGCUGUGUCAAAAAAUGCCACACAGUUUAAAGGGAACGCUCAGCACGAUGCUCAAGAGUUUCUGCUGUGGUUGCUGGACAGAGUACAUGAGGAUCUCAACACCGUCAACCCAAACACCAGGCCUGCUAUUAAGCCUCCCAUUGAAGAAGAUGACCAGAGCAUAGAGGGGCCCUCUCCUCCUCUCUCUGCUGGGUCGUUCGUGCAGGAGCUGUUCCAGGCUCAGUACAGGUCUUCCCUUACGUGCCCGCAUUGCCAAAAGCAGAGCAACACCUUUGACCCCUUCCUUUGCAUCUCCUUACCAAUCCCUCUGCCACACACACGGCCCUUGUAUGUGACUGUGGUCUACCAGGGGAAGUACUCUCACUGCAUGAGGAUCGGAGUUGCUGUUCCUCUCAAAAGUACCGUCUAUCGCCUCAGAGACGCCGUGUCACGUGAAAUCAAGAUCCCAAUGGACCAGUUUGUUCUGACUGAAAUGUAUUACGAUGGCUUCCACCGCUCGUUUUGCGACGAUGACGACGAUCUUGACAUCAUCCAAGAGAGCGAUUCCAUCUUUGCCUUUGAGACACCAGAGACCUUCAAAUUAGAAAACCUACGCACAAAAAGAGGAAGCCUUCUGGCAAAUUUAAAUCACAACAAUUUAAAGUAUGGGACAGAAAUCAGCAGGACUCCAUCCUUCAUGCAGGGGGCAAUGACUCCUGUAACUGGAUCUCCAAAUAAAAACGUAGGGCCAGAAAAGGUUAUUCUCCUGGUGUGUAACAGAGCGUGCACUGGCCACCAGGCAAAAAGAUUUGGCCUGCCUUUUGUACUGUACAUGGAGCGCACUGUGACUUGGGAUGCUCUACAAAAAGAGAUCCUGGAGAAAAUGCGACAUCUUUUGAGGCCUGGGGUCUACAUUCAGGUUGGGCCUUUCAGUCUUCGGGUGGUUGGCGUCGUUGGUAUUACCUACCUCCUUCCUCAAGAUGAGAGACCACUGUGUCACCCAACGGUUGAAAGAGCGUACAAGUCCUGUGGACAAGGGGGACCUCCACAUGUGAAGAUUGUGGUCGAGUGGGACAAGGAAACCAAGGACUAUCUGUUCGGCCACACUGAGGAGGAGUACAUUCCAGAUGCAGAGAGCGUCUAUCUGCACAGGCAGCAGCAUCAUCAGCCCCAGGCCUGCACCCUUGCUCAGUGCUUCCAGCUCUACACUAAAGAGGAGCAGCUGGCUCCAGACGAUGCCUGGCGCUGUCCCCACUGCAAGCAGCUGCAGCAGGGCCGGAUAAAGCUCAGCUUGUGGACGCUGCCGGAUGUGCUUAUACUGCAUCUCAAGAGGUUUCGACAGGAAGGAGACCGGAGGGUGAAGAUGCAGAACAUGGUGAGGUUCCCACUGAUGGGGAUGGAUAUGGCACCGCAUGUGGUCAAGAGAAGCCAGAGCAGCUGGAGUUUACCGUCUCACUGGUCGCCAUGGAGACGUUCCUAUGGCCUUGGAAGGAACCCGGAUGACUACCUUUAUGACCUGUAUGCUGUUUGCAACCAUCAUGGCAAUAUGCAUGGAGGACACUACACUGCUUACUGCAAAAACUCUGUUGAUGGUCAGUGGUACUGCUUCGACGACAGUGAGGUGACACCAAUUUCUGACGAUGCUGUGUGUCAGCAAACGGCCUACAUACUGUUUUAUCAGAGAAGAACCACAAUUCCCUCUUGGUCUGCCAACAGCUCUGUUGCUGGCUCUACUAGCUCAUCACUGUGCGACCACUGGAUCAAUAGGUUACCUGGAAGCAGGCCUGCCAGUUUGGCCUCUGGAGCUUCAUCCAGACGUACCUCGCUUGCUUCACUGGCUGAGUCGGUGGAGUUUCCUGCAGAACGUAAUGAGGAUGAUGGAGGAUUUUCAGUCCGCCCAUUUGUGAGAAGCAUCCAGCGACAGAGCUUGUCCUCAAGGUCAUCUAUUGCCAGCCCUUUGGCCUUCAGCGACAGUGGAAUGAAGCCGUCUUGGUCUCUCUCUGCCAAGCUCCAGAUGAGAUCCAACUCACCCUCACGCUUCUCCUUAGACUCUCGGUGUUCUCCUCCUCUGGAGAGGAUAGGAGAGGCAGGCGACGAUAAGGUAUCCACGUCCUGUUUUGGCAGCUACAGUCGACAUGAACGGUACUUUGGCAGCAGGACUCCAUUGUCUAUGAUGGAAAGCAACUUCGGUGAAGACAGCAAUAAAAGGUUCCUAGACAUGAUGUACUGCAGGGCUCCCACCCCAGUGGAAAAGAAGAGCAACAAAAGCGACACAACUGAAAACAACAAUGAGAUCACAGCUAUAGACCAAAACAUACAACCCACUCAAGCAACCCCCUCCAAAGAGCAAAAAAGAAAAAGUAGCAUUGGAGGAUUCACCCUGAAGUCCGAGAGCACAGGUUCCAUCAAGAGCUCCAGCAAAACAGAGUUGGAGAAGACCUCCAAAAAACGUCUGUGCUCAAUCAAUAAGAACCCAGCCUCUGACACGUCUUCCAGUUCACCGGCAAAAGGCAAGAAGCUGAGCAGCACGAAGGACAAGACUGCAAACACAAAGAAAAGCACCUUGACACCCAGUGGAACUCCCUCUAAAAUGAAGGAAGCGAAUAAAACUCCCGAGGCUACUCCACAACAUAAACCUUCCCUCUGCUCCACACCUCAGUCUUCAGCUUCUCCCUCUCCAACUGCGAAGAAGAACUCGAGCAUUACUGAGAAAGGCUCGACGAGCUGCCGGAAACGACUGAUGGAAAGGAGUUUCAGCAGAGAUUCUAUGCACACCAGCCCCCUCGUUGACAGCCAUCGGAGCAGCUGUGUGUCCCGUAGUUCAAUUCCCAAGAAUGGGGACAGCAGUCGGCUUGAGAGGAGGUCUGUAAGGAGUUCCAGCAGCAGUUCUUCAGUCACUAGCCUGCGCUCACCAAGUGUAUCCACCAGAGACCUGCAGCGGAGUAGCAAAUCAGAGGAAAAAGGCUUGUCUUUCUUCAAGAGUGCCCUCCGACAAAGAGAAAGUCGCCGGUCGGCCGAUUUAGGAAAAAGCGCAUUGCUUACCAAAAAGGCUUCGGAGAGGACAUGCAAGCAGAACGGACAAGCUAAGGAAGUAGACGGUGACGAUCAGAAGACUGGAGACGCAGGGUCCUCGAAAACAUCUAAAGAAACUCUGGGAGGCGAGUCAAACUCAGACAAGCAGGAGUCUUCCAAGCCCCCCAGCUCUCUUAGUCGUACUCUACUAGGAAAGUCCAAGUCUUCCUCAUCCGAUGUAAGUAGCAAGUCUCGUACAGAUGGGAAAAAACCUCUAGAAAAGAUGGCAUCUUCUCGAAAGCUGUCAUCAAGCAUGCAAUCUCCUGCUCGAACAACACAGAGGCCUCAGUGAUACAUCGGUGGUAGUAAUGAGAAAUAGAACAAUGCAGCUAUUUACGUUGUGCCUAGGUUUCAGUUAGCAUCAGAUGUGUUUGAGACACACUUUUUGGUGUUAUGGUUUUGUACAUCAGCCAAAGAUUUCUUACCAUACGAAAUCUUUGGCUUUGAAAUUUCCCUGUUUAAGAUAUUUCUUUUUUGUUUUUAAUUAAAGUAAAAGCAUUCUGUCGUCUGCAUAUACGAGUUCAUGGCACUUGCCUGACAUGCUAACAGUAUUUUUCCAGCCUUUCGAAUGUCUUCUGUAAAUAUUAAAAAGUCAGUGGCAAAGAAAACAAAACCAUGACAUCAAAAUUAGCCUCUGGUACCAAUUUCCAGUUAUUUCAUCGUUCGGAAAACACGUUUUAAGAGUUUCAUUCUGAAAUAAUUCUUGAAAAAUUUUAUUUUUGGCGAAUUGCUUUGAGCCUCUUGCUUUUCUCACCUCUCUUCAUGUUGUCUACACAUUUAUUAAUAUAAAUCUUAAGUUGUUUAAUUGAAAGCAGUUGAGGAAAAUGCAUGCCAUAUUUACUUGUAAAGAUUCACUAACAUUCUUGAAAGCUUUUGGCAUUGAUGCAUAGGAGCAACAACAAAUGAGUCUUUAUUUUGAAUAUUAAAAAA